AUGUCGUCUUCCGAACCGACGGGCGAUCCGCGCACGUCGGAUGGCGGCCCUGGGCGGGAGCCCCUCGUCGGGUCGGGCGGUGAUAAGCUGAGCGGCUUGCGUUCCCCGCCCGCCCUCCUCAUCUCCAAAUCAUCCGACGGAUUCUUUUUGCCUGGUACUUGGUACUUGGUACUUGGUACUUGGUACUCGGAGCAGGUGGAUGAUCGGGGCGACACGACACGACAAGACUGGAUAUACGGCUACAACGGAAGACAAAGUACUUCCGCAGAAAGUAGGAAAUGGCACACUCGGGAGCGUUCCAAGUUGAACAAAUCAGUGCUCAACAUCGAACAGCCGCAAGAAACCAACAAGGAAGACACCAUGCCUACCGUCACCGUCAACAACCACGAGAUAUACUACGCCGACUCCCACCCGGACGGCGCCCCCGCCAACGGCUCAACAUUCAUCUUCAUCCACGGACUCGGUUCCUCGCAGAACUACUACUUCCCCAUCCUGCCGUACCUCGAAACGCAGCACCGGUGCAUCACCCUGGACACCUAUGGCUCCGCCCGCUCGACCUACACGGGCCAGCCGGUGUCCAUCGAAUCCAUUGCCGCCGACGUGGUCGGCGUGCUGGAUGCUCUGAAGGUGGCCCAGGCCGUGGUCGUCGGCCACUCGAUGGGCGGACUGGUGGUGACGCUCCUGGGCGCGCAGUAUGCGGAUCGCGUGAAGGCCGUCGUCGCCAUUGGCCCAACUCACCCGUCCGACAAAUUGGCCUCGGUCAUGACCCAGCGCAGCGAGACGGUCUCCAACUCGGGCAUGGAGCCCAUGGCCAACACCAUCCCCAGCGGCGCCACCGGCACCCGCUGCUCGCCGCUCGCCAAAGCCCUGAUCCGCGAGUUGAUCCUGGGACAGAACCCCAAGGGCUACGCGGCGCUCUGCCAGGCGAUCGCCAAAGCGCCCGCCAUCGACUACGCGGCCAUCUCGGCCCCGUUCCUGCUGAUCGCGGGCGAGGAGGACAAGUCAGCCUCGCUGGAGGGGUGUCAGCAUAUUUUCGAUCGGGUGUCGAGCGGGAGCAAGAAGAUGGAGGUUCUGGCGCAGAUCGGACAUUGGCAUUGCGUCGAGGCGCCGGAGGAGGUGAGCGGGCUGAUUCGGGAGUUUGCUGCUGCUUUGUAGUUCUUGUUGGUAGAGUUGUUUCUUAUAAUGGGUGGCGGUCCUACAAUGAAAGCACUUGAGAGAUGAGGUUUGGGUCGAAGGAGUAGACUGAGGAAUGUCUUUCACUCCCCGAGCUCAGGAUCGUCUGAAACAGUCACAUGACGAAGUAUAGAAAUGAAUAACAUAGUUCGGUAUCACAUCAAUCAAUAUAU